CAAACGUCAAAGCCGGCCAUCAUCAAUCACAGUGUCAGAGUGCAUAAUGCAGUUUUGCGCGCUGCAUCAAAAUAAUCUGCAUUUUCAUUGACCGAACGCCCCCAAAUCGAGUCAUCGUCGUCAAAUACUGAUAAAAGCAGGAGAUAAAGAAAGCAGUAGGAUUUUGCACCCCUCGUGAUGAGCAAGCUCUGCUUCCACCGGGAGCUUCAGCCGGCCGAUCCGCACCAAACGCCGGUGCUGAUCGUCGGUCAACAGCGGCAUCUGGCCGAGCUUAAGUUCGAUCGGGUCCGUUGCAAGCUGGAUCCACGCGUAUCAGAGGAUACUUUCACCAAGGCCAUCUCGUACUUGCAGCCGGCUCCGACCGAUACCUGCUCGCUGUAUUUGGACUUGGCCAAAGUGGCCGCUCUGCCUGUGAAAGCCUCCCGGCAUAAUUCCGAGUCUAGAGCCCAUGCGCUUACUAAGGUGGUGCAGACGAAUUCGUCCGGGGUAACCGAAUCGAUUGUAGUGGUCUGCGAGCGGGAAUGCCUAUUUGCGUCCGGAUGUGCCGUGGCCAGAGCUUUUCCGUUGUACAGCCGGAAGACCAGUAAGGGCGGUACCAAUGGCGAUCCGGCCAUUCCGAAGCCUGCCACCGUCAACGUGGAGUUUGUUCUGAUAGGAGGAGGAGAACUGUCGGAGCAGGAUGUUAAGGUGAUCGAGAAUGCGGCCAGCGGCAUCCGUUUGACGGCGAAUAUUGUGGAUGCGCCGUGCAAUGAGAUGAAUGUUUCCGGAUUCCUGGCGGAGAUCGAUAAGGUGGCCAAGGAACUGAAACUGAAACCGAAGGUUAUCCGUGGCGAACAGCUGAAGGACAAAGGCUUCGGAGGAAUAUACGGUGUGGGGAAAGCAGCGGCUGACCCUCCCGCGCUUGCCGUGUUGUCCUAUGAGCCGGAAGGUGCAACCGAAACCGUGGCUUGGGUCGGCAAGGGUAUCGUCUUCGAUACCGGUGGUCUUAGCAUCAAGGGUAAGACGGCUAUGCCAGGCAUGAAGCGGGACUGUGGAGGAGCUGCCGCCGUUCUUGGAGGAUUUUACGCUGCGGUAAAGAGCGGUUUCAAGCAAAACCUGCAUGCCGUGUUCUGCCUGGCGGAGAACGCCGUUGGUCCCAAUUCGACGCGUCCGGACGACAUUCACACGUUGUACUCGGGAUGUACGGUUGAGAUUAACAAUACCGAUGCCGAAGGUCGCCUGAUUUUGGCCGAUGGCGUGUGCUAUGCUGACAAGGAUUUGAAGGCCAAGGUGAUCCUGGACAUGGCUACCCUGACAGGAGCCCAAGGUAUUGCUACAGGUAAAUAUCACGGUGCUAUCCUCACUAACAGCGGCUCCUGGGAAAAUAAGGCGCUGAUAGUUGGCCGCCAGACGGCCGAUCUGCUGUCGCCGGUUCCGUACUGUCCGGAGCUUCACUUUAGCGAAUUCACCUCCGCCGUUGCCGAUAUGAAGAACUCGGUCAUGGACCGUGGUAACGCUCAGGUCAGCUGCGCCGGUUUGUUCAUCGGAGCUCAUCUGGGCUUCGAGUAUGACGGUGUCUGGAUGCAUGUCGAUAUGGCAUCACCGGUACAUUGUGGUGAACGGGCCACCGGAUAUGGCGUUGCUUUGUUGGUCGGUCUGUUUGGCCAUCACAGCAAGGCAGAGCUGCUCCAAAAGGUUGCCGCAGCCGCCAAAUGUGGAUCAGAUUGCGAUUUGGAACCAACCUUGAAGAAGGCUCGUGUCGACUGAAUGCAGAAUUUCUUCCCCGGUAGGUAGUUAUAAACGAUUUUAUAUGAAUUUAUAAUGUAGUUUUUCUAUCCACUUUUCAUGAGAGUAAAUAAACGUAUGAUUUACAUCAAAUAGA